AUGUAUUUAUUAAAUAAUUUAAUUAGUAUCAUCAUAAUUUUGUUGAUCAAAGUAAUAUUAUUAUAUGGAACUAAUACAACUACAGUAUGUUAUGGAGCACCUAGUCUAUCAUGUACAACUCACAGACUAUCUUGUACGAGUCCUCUAGUAAUACAGAUAAUAAAUACAUCAUAUGGAUAUAGAUCAGGAUGUAAUAAUAUAAACGGUCUGUCUAACUGUAUAAAUAUAACAUGUUGUAAAGAAGAACCUGGUGAUUGUUUUAUACCAUUUUCAUCUGAUGAUCAUCAACAAGUUACAGGGAAUUGUAGUGGAGUAGGAACUUGUUCUAUAGGAGGAUUUCGUAGAUAUAAUAUAACUGAUACUGUAUGUAAUGGUAGAAUAGUCAAUGCUUACAGUAAAAUACAAUAUGAUUGUGUUACUAAAGGUAGCAUAACUACAUCAACACCUACUACUUACAGUCAAAUAAAUACCAGAGCAUCAACUGGGUCUGUAGUUGGAGGAAUAUUUGGUGCUAUUAUUAUUAUAGUCAUUAUUAUAGUAGUGGUACUGUUUCUUUACAAGAGAAGGAAAAAGUCACAAACAUCACAAUCAAUAACAGAUAAGAAAAUUUCUAUACAAACUGUUACACCACAAUAUGAUGUUAUUGAUGGUCCUGGAACAAUUAAUAAUCGUAAAGAUACCAGUGGAUAUGAUGAAAUAGAACUGGACAAUAAACCAAGAGUACAAGCCACUGCUGCACAUCUAAAACCCACUACAAUAAACAACCGUAAUGGUGAAAUAGAAUUUGUCCGAAAACCAAAAGUCCAAACAACUGAUAAUUAUGAUCAUGUCGGAGAUGAUAAACUGAAAGUAAAACCAGAAGAUCUCGAUAACUAUAAUCAUAUCGGAACUUACAAUCAUUCUGUACAUGAAGAUAACUACAAUCAUAUCGGAAACAAUUUGUCUCUAAGAUCUAAUCAUCUUGAUGCAGAUUAUAACCAUAUUAACGGAUUGCCUGGUACUUCCAAUGGUGAAGAUGAUUACAAUCAUAUUGGUGAUAAUGAUAACAAUAAUGUGAUAACAGAUGAUAAUUAUCAUCAUAUCGGAUCGGGGGACAUCAAGGUAGAAGGAGACUAUGAUCAUAUCGGAUCGUGA